AUGGAUGGCAAUUUAUCAUCUGGGAAUAUGAUUUCUGGUGCGGGAGGAAGUUUCGAUUUACAAAAUUCCAUGCGAGUUCAUCAUCAACAACAUAAUAACCCUUUCACACUUCAUCAACAUCAUCUUCAUCAACCCCAAUCCAAUAGACAACAAAUUCAUCCUUCGAUUCACGAGAAUUUCCCUCUUCGUAUGGGAGCGAUUCAAGACUGCGACCGCCAUACCCAAACCAUAUCUCUAGUAGAUUUCUCAAAAGGGGAAAGGGGAAAGAGUUCAAUUAGCGAUGAAGACGAACCAAGCUUUGCAGAAGAUGGCCACGAUAGCAGAAACGAUGAUACCAGAGGCAAAAACAUGUCGCCAUGGCAACGAGUAAAAUGGAGUGACCCCAUGGUUAGGCUUCUGAUAACCGCUGUUUCUUACAUAGGUGAAGAUGCUGCCAUGGAAUACGGAGGCGGAUCUAGAAGAAAAUACUCAAAUCUACAGAAAAAAGGUAAGUGGAAAUCCGUGUCAAAAGUGAUGGCUGAAAGGGGUCAUUUCGUUUCACCUCAACAGUGUGAAGAUAAGUUCAACGAUCUUAACAAAAGGUACAAAAGACUUAACGAAAUUCUCGGUAGAGGCACUUCUUGUGAAGUUGUUGAAAACCCUUCUCUUCUUGAUAUAAUGGAUCAUGUUUCUGAUAAAGGAAAAGAAGAAGUUCGGAAAAUUUUAAGCUCAAAACACUUAUAUUAUGAAGAAAUGUGUUCGUAUCAUAACGGAAAUCGUCUCCAUCUUCCUCCUGAUCUGGAACUCCAGCGAUCUCUUCGAAUAGCUCUUAAAACCAGAGACGAUCAUGAAACCAAUGAUGGAAGAAAAGGUUCACAUGAAGAUGAUCAUGAUGAUGAAGAUCACGAUGCAUACAUGGAUGACCAUGAUCAUGAUGAGUAUGAUGAUGAUCAUCAUCAUCAUGGGCUACAGUUGGAUCCAAGAACAGGAUACGGGGCCGGUGGGGUGGGUGAGGGAUCUUCAAAAAGGGCAAAACAAUGUGAGAAUUUCAGUUCACAGGGCAAGAACUUGCAGGGUGACAUGAGUCAAGGUGUAACAGAGGGUAUGAAAACGAAUAUGUUACAGGAUCAAUGGAUGAAACAUCGAUUGUUGCAAUUAGAAGAACAGAAGAUACAUAUUCAAUCACAAAUGCUGGAAUUGGAGAAAGAACGGUUUAAGUGGCAGAGGUUUCGCCGGAAAAAAGAUCGGGAAUUGGAAUCGAUGAGGAUGGAAAACGAGAGGAUGAAAUUGGAGAACGAACAAAUGUCUUUGGAGUUAAAGAGGAAGGAGAUGGGUUCAGAUCUGAACUAA